UGGUGACCAGCAAGGCGAACGUGGACACGGACGGUGGCGCCCAUUGGGUGCCUUGUUGGAUCCCUCCCACAUCUAUCUGACUGGGUGGGCAAGGUGAGGUGGCGCGUGAGCAGGAGGCUGCAGGCAGCGCUGGACACGUGACCCAACACAGCUGUCAAACGGCUCGCGCAGAAGCGCGGGAAAGUAAAUAACUGCCAGCCGGAGGCAAAAUGGCGGCCUGACAGGACGAAGGGAGGAGGGGGUAUACUCCGGUGAGGAGGCGCAGCUCCCGCCCGCCGAUAUGAACGUAGUGCGGUUAGUAUGCCGCCAUAAGACGGCGCUGGGCCUGGCCGCCCUGUCUCUAUUCGCCGUAGUGCUGCUCUACCUGGCCAAGUGCACCUCAGAGAGCCUGAGACCGGCGGAUCCCCGGGGGUUCCCUCAACAACAGCCCCCCCGGUACCCGCAGCGGCACCCCCUCCCCGGCCCUGCCGAGCUGCAGCCCCCACCGCCGCCCGAGAAAACCGCCUCGGCCUUCCUGGCCGUGCUGAUCGUCAGCGGGCCCAAAUACACCGAGCGGCGGAGCAUCAUCCGCAGCACCUGGCUAUCCGCCGCCUCCCGGGGGGGAGAACAUGGCGGCGGCGGGGGGCAGCUGUGGUGCCGCUUCGUGCUGGGCACGGCCGGCCUAGGGGAGGACGAGGCCGCCUCGCUGGACAUGGAGCAGCGCAGACACGGGGACCUGCUCCUCCUGCCUGAGCUCCGGGACUCGUACGACAACCUGACCGCCAAGCUGCUGCACAUGUACGUCUGGCUGGACCGCCACGUCGACUACAAGUUCGUCCUGAAGGCCGACGACGACACCUUCGCCCGGCUGGACGUGCUGCUGGAGGAGCUGAAGGCCAAGGAUCCCAGGAGACUGUACUGGGGCUUCUUCUCGGGCCGGGGCCGGGUGAAGUCAGCCGGCAAGUGGAAGGAGAGCACCUGGCUGCUGUGUGAUUACUAUCUGCCCUAUGCCCUGGGAGGGGGCUACGUCCUGUCCUGGGACCUGGUCAGAUACCUGAGCCUCACCAAAGACUUCCUGGCCCACUGGCAGAGUGAGGAUGUGUCUCUGGGGGCUUGGCUUGCCCCCCUGGACGUCAAUCGGGUGCACGACCCUCGGUUUGACACGGAGUACAAGUCCAGGGGUUGUAAUAAUAAAUAUAUCGUCACCCAUAAGCAGAGCAUAGAAGAUAUGUUGGAGAAGCAUCAGACACUGGCAAAGGAAGACAAACUGUGCAAAGAGGAAGUGAAGCUGAGGUUAUCCUAUAUCUAUGAUUGGGGAGUACCACCAUCCCAGUGCUGCCAGAGGAAGGAUGGCAUCCCUUGAUAUCCCCAUUUUUCCCAAUAUAUUGAAUCUAGGAAAUAUUCCUAAAUGGUACCAGUGUACACGUAACCAAUAUGGACCAAACCUAGGCAUUUGUUUUAAGAUGGGAGAAAAGUAUAUAUUUGAAUUAAUAUGGUUUAUCUGCACCAUGCACUUUGGAUAUCUGGCACAUGCCAGUGUUUGACUAAAGCUGGAAGAAGAAAAAAAGCUCUGCUUAUAUUUAUUUUUUUAGCAAUUCCUUAUGUCAAGUGUAGUUGGUUUUUGUUUUUGUGACAAUUGCUUUAGUCAUGUCUCUCGUCAAUAAGAAUUGUACACGUGUAUGUUAAUGUUAUUUUACAAUUAUCUUGUCUCAGGGGUCAGGGAUAAAGGUUGUUUAUCCCAACUGGAUUUUGAGCAGCUAUGUUUGUCUUCUAACUGGUGACAUGAGCCAUUCAAUCUAUACAGGCUGUUACAGAUGGCAUGCUGUGGGUAUGACUGUUCUUUAGCUCAACCUGCACCAUGUUUUUAAACCUUUUACUUUCCAAGCAAAAAAACAUUCUUAGCUUUGUACUUAGCCGUGUGUGUCUUGAAUGUCCUUUUAUUUUGGCAGCUAAGUUUUGUGUAUCAAAUGGUGAAUAUAUUGUAGAAUAAGCCGAUGGUUAUCCAGCGAUAGUAUUUUUACUGUAUUAAAAGUAUAUCCUUUCUAGUAAUUGGCUUCCAGAAGAUCGUAUUCUGCAGUGAUUCUAGCAUUGUUACUUGAUUGGGGCACUCUAAGGACACUGCCCUAAUGUUAAGAGUAAACCCAUUUUCAGUUGGUUUGACACCUGGCAUCCACAGUCUGGCUCCUCUUCACAUAUAUCACUAAAGCAGAAGUUCCCCUUCUUGAUACUUAGUGAUUUCUGUCAUGACACAAACUCAAUAUUGCUCAUUUGAAUUUGGAUACAAACACUUCUUAGCAAUAUUUGUGAAGAGGAAUUGAGCCGGAAGUCCCAGCUAAGUGUCAACUGACUUGCUAAAAAUGGAAUGACAGUCACUAGUGUGCUGUAGUGGUUAUAUUGCUUAGAGUGCGUAUUUAAUCCCCUUAAGGACUCUGUAUUUCUGUGUUAUUACAAAACUUUAAAGAUCUUCUAUACAAUGUCCCAGUUAUUAAAUGGAAAACUCCAAUUAUAAGCAUUGCAUACAUUCAGUGCCUGCACAGCAGUCACCACAGUCCACCCAUACAAAGCAUCUCUAUGACAAUUUGCACAGCAGGCAUACAGCUUUAGCAUAGUUUGCAUGCCACCACCAGAUGUAAAGUACAUUAAAUUAUUUAAUCAUUUUAUUCCAAAUACUCUACUGGCUGUCUGACUGCAACUAGAAAUGUGGGUUUUGUUUUUCAAAUGGUACGGUUUUCAACUGGAAGGACAGAAUCUAUUGCCCAAAAUCUUCUUUAAGAGUAAUUUAUUUUGGUGAUUAGACUUUCUCUUUAAUAAAUUCAAAACCGUAUAAUGCUCAGAUACAAAUUAAGCAGGACAUUCCAUAUUUGCAUUGGAUCCAGAUGGACCAAAUUGUGGCUCUUAAGAUGUUUAUGCACAUAUUCUGGGCUGAAAUAUUGUCUGAACAUUAAACUUAUUUUAGCCUAAUGUCUUGGAUAUCAUAUAUAUAUAUAUAUA